AUGUCUCCCCUGGCGAGGGAUCUACGGCUCGCUGCGGAGCUGGGAUUAGAUUCACAUAUUGCGUGGAACGAUCCGGAAGCGUUUCGUUCCUUGGUGGCCAGUGCUGCUGAUUCCUCCAGUGCUGCGGAAUAUACAGAGAUUCCCAUCGACCAUGAGGACCCGUCGGUGGGCACUUAUCGAAAUCGGUUCUGGGUCACUGAGAAAUACUACACCCCCGGCAGCCCGGUGAUGGUUUACGACAUCGGCGAGAACACGGCACAGUACUCUGUCUCUCUGUUGACGAACUCCUCAUCAUGGCUUAGCCUACUCCUGCGGGAGUUCAAUGCCAUAGGGAUCCUAUGGGAACACCGAUACUACGGAGACUCGCUCCCAUUCCCCGUCGGCCAGGACAUGCCCCUGGAGCACUUCCAAUACCUCACCACGAAGCAAGCCCUCGCCGAUAUCCCAUACUUUGCGGCAAAUUUCAGCCGUGCAAGUCAUCCCACCGUCGACCUCACCCCGGAGGGAUCCCCUUGGAUUAUGAUAGGCGGGUCCUAUCCAGGCAUCCGAGCCGCCUUCACUCGCGACCAGUACCCGGACACCAUCUUUGCGGCCUUUGCGUCAUCCGCGCCUGUGCAGGCGCAGGUCGACAUGGGCGUGUACUUUGAGCAGGUCUACCGCGCAAUGGUAGCCAACGGAUACAGCAACUGCACCAAGGAUAUCCACGCCGCGCUGAGAUACAUCGAUAACCAACUGGCCGGGGAGGAAACGGCCGCCUCGAUCAAACGGCUCUUCCUCGGCCCUGAGGGCGAGAAAAGCAACAACGAGGAUUUCACCUCCGCACUGAGCGCGCUGUACGGUCCCUUUCAGAGCCAUGGACUCGGCGGCGGUAAUCAAAGCCUGGACAGCUUCUGCAACUAUCUCGAGCUGGAUCCUCGAACAAAUCGCUCCGCUGGUCCGGGCGGUCUGGCUCCCGUCUACGGCGACAAGUAUGCCGCCGAGCGCUGGGCCUCCUUCCCGUCCUUCAUCCCCCUCGUGAACCGGGUGUUCGGGACAAACUGCGGCGGCCUCGACACCUCCAGGCCCCCUACAUGCGAAUUCAACCUGCCCAACACGGAGCCCGACCUGAUCAGCUGGACCUGGCAGUACUGCAGCGAAUGGGGAUUUUUCCAGACCAACAACUUCGGUCCCCACGCGCUUCUUUCUCGCUACCAGACCCUGGAGUAUCAGCAGGAACUCUGUCAUCGGCAGUUGCCGAGCGCAGCCCAGACCGGACUCCUCCCGGCGUGGCCCCAGACGGAGAGUCUCAACAACGAGUUUGGCGGGUGGACGAUCCGGCCGUCGAAUGUCUAUUUCAGCGGGGGAGAAUUUGACCCGUGGCGGCCGUUGUCGGUUCUGUCGGACGAGGCAUGGGCGCCACCGGGGGUCAAUUACACCACCGAGAUCCCUGCAUGUGGAGUCUCGACCAGCGAAGACACGGUGUUCGGAUACAUCCUGAAAAACGCGGUGCACUGUCCAGACCUGAAACUCACCGCCGAGGCCGCCGUGUCGCGCGGAUACUUCAUCCAGGCGCUGAAGCAAUGGCUCCCCUGUUUCCAGGUUCGGGAUCGGAUGAAUUAG